AUGGAAGCGCUCGCGAAGGUGGCGGUGGCGGUCGCCGUGCCCGUGGCCCUCUACACCUUCUUCCUCAAGCAGUCCGGCGGCGGCGACGCGCCCAAGAAGGCGCAUCGCGGCAAGAAGCACAAGAAGAAGAAGGACAAGGACGACGCGCCGGCGCCCGCCGCGGAGCCGCCGGCGCCGGCCGCCGCCGCCGCGGACGACGACCCGGCGCGCGUCGCCAAGGCCGCGCCGCGGCGCAAGAAGGCCGCGGCCGAGGCGGCGCCGCGCGCGGCCCGGGCGGCGCCGAGCGCGCCGGCGGAGCCCGAGUACGAGGUCGGCGCGCGCGUCGAGGCGCGCUACGAGCACGGCGCCGAGUGGUUCGCGGGCUCCGUCGUGAGCUCGCGGCCGCUCGGCUCCGGGCGGCGGUCGUACGUCGUGGGCUACGACGACGGCGCGCGCGAGAGCAAGGUCCUCGCGGACCGGCUGCGGCGCCUCGGGCCCGCGGCGCCCGCCGCCGCGCCCGCGGCGGCGCCCGCGCGCGGCGCCGCGCCGGACCUCGACGGCCUCGUCGCCUACGAGAAGCCCGGCGCGACGCCCCCCGCGGCCGCGGCGCCGGCGACGACCAAGUUCGCGGACCGGCUGCAGGGCAGCGUGCCCAAGCCGCGCGGCGCGUCGCGGCUCAAGAAGGAGCGGAACCGCCUCCUCCGCGACGACGACGAGAGCGACGGCGAGAGCGACGACGAGAGCGACUACGACCCCGACGUCAUCCUGUCGGAGGCGGACUGGAAGCAGGCCGUCGCGCGCAAGCCGAACCGGCCCAAGGUCGCCCGGGAGCCCAAGGCCGCGAAGCCGCCGGCGGCGGCGGCCGGCGCGAACGCGGAGAAGAACCGCAAGAAGAAGGAGGCCGCGAAGGCCAAGAAGCUCGCGCUCCGCGAGCACCACCGCGCGACGCUGUGA